CGGUCUGCUCCCACUACAUCGCCGUAUGACGACGACGACGAUGAUGGUGAUGUUGAUGAACCGGAAUGGAGUCGAGCAGGGUGGAUUAAUUCUGCACCAUGAAUGACAGGUACCACAAGGCGGCCCGGGACGGCUACCUGGACCUGCUGAAGGAGGCAACUCGGAAGGAUCUCAACGCGCCGGAUGAGGAUGGCAUGACACCGACGUUAUGGGCUGCUUAUCACGGCAACCUGGAGGCUCUGCAGCUGAUCGCGGCGAGGGGAGGAAACCCUGACAAGUGUGAUAUAUGGGGGAACACGCCACUCCACCUGGCAGCUGCCAAUGGUCACCUCAACUGCCUUUUCUUCCUGGUGUCUUUCGGUGCCAACAUAUGGUGCCUGGACAACGACUACCACACGCCGUUGGACAUGGCCGCCACAAAGAAUCACAUGGAUUGUGUCCGCUACUUGGACACCAUCGCCACCAAGCAGACAGGCCUCAACACGAAGCUCGUCAGCAAGAUGAAGGACCGGGCAUUUCGCGAUGCUGAGCGGAGAAUCAAAGAGUGUGUGAAGAUGCAGAAGAAACACCACAAACGCAUGGAGCGAAGGUUUCAUAGGGAGACUUCUGAGGCUUCUGCAUCAGAUGUCAUGAGCUUUUCCAGUUACACCAGCAGCUCUCUUAGCCACAAGCUGCACAACUUUAAUGCAGCCACAGUCAGUGUGCCAUAUUCUCAGGCUACUCUCCAUGCCACAAACCGAGGGAAGACAAAGAUUCAGAGGAAGCUGGAGAAGAGGAAACAAGGAGAUGGGACCUUUAAAAUCUACGAGGAUGGGAGGAAGAGUGUGCGCUCCCUUUCUGGACUUCAGUUGGGCAACGAUGUUAUGUUUGUCAAACAGGGGACUUACGUCAACCCAAAGGACCGUGGCCGCCGCAACAUUCGUGACAUGUUCCCCAGAGACAAUUAUGAUGCCAUUUCACGUGCCAUGAGCGAGCCGGACCUCCACGGGAUCGAUGUGGACUACUCUGAGAUCAGCACUGACUCGGGACAUGAUUCUCUGUUCAAUAGACCCGGUCUGGGCACCAUGGUCUUUAGGAGGAACUAUGUGAGUGGGGGGAUGUUCGACCUCGGUGGUCGGGAUGAGGAUAGUGCAGACCGGUCAGGCAAUAAUGUGCGUUUACGCAGUCGGCUGCAGCAAUACCCGAGUGCAGAUGAAGACAGCAUUGGCAGUGCACGCAGCCUGCAGGAGAGGAACGUGGAGGAGCUGCCCUGGGAAGAAAUCGAAUUAGGGCUGGACGAUGAUGAUGAGGCUAAAACGAGCCCGCUGGAGGUCUUCCUCGCCACACAGAGCAUGAGUGACUUUUUCUCCAUUUUCAAGAGGGAAAAGAUUGACCUUGAAGCACUGUUGCUCUGCUCUGACCAUGACCUUAAGAGCAUCCACAUCCCCUUAGGACCAAGAAAAAAGCUCUUAGAUGCUUGUAAGAGACGGCUGGAGACCAUCGAGUACCCAGACUACAUUGAGGACACAGAACUUUGAGUCACGGAAUUUUCAGUGAUACAGCAUAGUGAAGAAGUAUUUGGGCAUAUCGCUGUACUCCAGCCCAGAUCCUCUUCAGUUACAAACACAGUUUCUUCUUUUGCCUUCAUUCUGUCCUGCAGAUUAUAAAAAGUUGUUGGUCCCUCCUGCUGUGUGCUCAUUCAGGCUUAAAGGUCAGUGGAGCAUUGUGGAAUAGAUGUCACAUAUGGACAGGGAGGACGUAAUGAUUUACCUCUGUGGUAACAGAGCAGAAAGGACACUGUUAAGAUGAAUAUGUCAAGCAAGAAGAGACAAGUGUGAGACUCUUUUACAGUG